UGUAAAUAAGUAUAUAAUUAUUUUUUUAUUAUUUUUAUUAUUUAACGAGUUCAUAACGAAUUGAAAAAAAAAAAAUUCUUUUUCGUGUCAAAUACGCAUUAAUUAUAAUGACAGAAUCAAAUGUUAAUAAUACAAAUACAAUUCCUACAGAGAGUUCAUCACCAUUUUCAACAACGAGCGUUCCAUCAACAGUUCCUCCAAUUCCUCCAGUUCCUCCAGUUCCUCCAGUAUCUCUUGCCGAGAAUCCAUUACCUACAUCAAUUUUACCUGAUUGCAAUGUCAUUGAUUGUCCUCUUAAUACACCAUUCCCGGAACCAACUACAACAACUAUACCAGAAACGGCAGAAAUACCGAUAUCAACAAUAUCAACAAUAUACAAUUCAACUGAUUCUUCUUCAGGUUCUUCAGAUUCAACCAAUUUAAAUAAUUCAAACAAUUUUCAUUUAUCAAAUAUGACUAUAAUAUUAUUUAUAAUAAUUCCUAUAAUACUUAUAAUAUUAUCUAUAAUAAUUGGUAUAAUAAUUUAUAAACGUACUCAUAAAAAACAUAAUGAAGGAACAAUAUUACAAUUUGAACCAAUGCAUCCUAAUGUUGUUGUAGUUGACGCUGAUGGAAAUAGUUUAGGAAAAAGAAAUAGUACUAGUAAUAAUAGUAAUUUUACUAAUAAUAGUAAUAGUAAAGGAAAAGGGAAUAGAAGUCCAAGUAGAAUGAUUAAAGUUUUGGCUUAUGAUGAAGAAAAUGGUUGUAUUGUAGGAAAUAAUAAUAAUACAAAUCGAAAGACUAUGUAUUACGAAGAUUAUCGUUAAAAAAAAAAAA